AUGAAGAACGCUGUUAUUUCUUUUGCAGUCGUGGCUCUAGGCUCGCGGCUUUGCGUCGCGACGCCCUACCCCGAAUUGCAAUAUGACCCUGCCACAACCAAAGACUGUGCCGAUUGGAUCAGCAACACCGGCGGCAAAACCUGCAAAGAAGUCAGAGAUUCUUUCAACCUUACGCCCGAGGAGUUCGCCCAGUGGAAUCCAUCUGUGGGCGUCAACUGCGACAAACUCUGGAUAGUGGCCUCGUACUGCGUCUUGACGCACCAGAAGCUGAGCCAGUUGACGUCUACAACUACCUCUAGCACAAAGGUCGCCACCACCACCACUACAACAUCAACGACGACUUUGCGGCCUUCUCCAACCUCAUGGGAAGAGCUCGGCUGCUAUGCCGACAGGCCAGACCGGCCAAUCCUCGAAAAGCUCGUCAGCGAUAAGAGCGGAGAUGCCGCUCUCACGAUUGCCAAGUGCCAGGACUCCUGCUAUCGUCUCAACUACCAAUAUGCAGGCAUCAAGGCAGGCAACCAGUGCUGGUGCGGCGGCUCAGUCGCUGGCGAAUGGGCGCCGCACACAAUCGACUGCAACAUGGCCUGUACGGGUGAUGCGAAGAAGAAUUGCGGAGGCCAAGAUUGCCUCAAUGUUUUCAAGGCCGCCAAGGCAAAUCCAGAACCAGGGCAAUCCUCCAGCACUGGCAUAAAGAGCACCGUUUCAAGCACUCAGAGUUCUUCUGGUACUAGCAGUCGUACAGCCGGUGCUGCUCAGUCGAGCAAAGCUAGCUCUGGAGCAACGAAGAACUUUGGCUUGGUAUGGACGAACGUGGUGUAUUUUUAG